UAUAAAUUCUGCCAAGAUAUUUAUGAAAUUAUCGCACAAGAAGUUUAUAUUAGUGAUGGUGUUUUUGAAUCAAAUCCAUUAGAUGUCCAGUUAUUAGAUAUUGAAUUCGCAAAACGACCUGUGUCUGAUCAGAAUAAGGAUUUAACAUAUUUCUUGGUAAUAUUGAAUACUGUUGAUCAAGAAUCAAACACUGGACAAUAUAGUGUCACUAAAUGUCACCCAUUAAAAGUUCAAAGUAAUGUAUCGCUUGGACCAAGGGUGAAUUUAGUUAUGCCCAAUGGUGGACCUGGUAUUUUUGUGAUUUUUCCUCAAGCUGUAAUUGCCACUACUAUUUUGUCGUGGCAUCCUAGAGAUACUAUUGAUAAUAUUAGUGAAAUGCGUAUUUUAACAACAAAAACUGGUGUCAUGAGUUGUCGUUUGAAUAUUUCAGAAAUAAUAGAAGAAAGUGCACCUUUACAAUCUCAAGAAGAAAUGGAUAUUGAAGAUUCUCAGGCUAAAAGAAAUCGAGAGUUGAAACUUAUAUUUGAGCAAGCAAUUUUUCGUAACAAUGAUCACAAUGUCCCUGUGUCAUGCACUUUAUCGUCAGAUUUUAAAGGCGACAUCAAUAAAGUGGUUCUCGAACUUAGUGAUGAAAUAUUAGAUUCUAAUGAAUCGGUUGAUCUCAAAUCACAAUUGCAUGAGAGACAUAAUAAAAUGGCAUUACUUAUUCAGUUCAUUCGCAACAGUAAUGUUAUUGACAAGUUACAUCCAUCUACACGGCAGCGAUUGUUUUGGAAUGCGGAAAAGAUGGCAUGUGUGAAGAAGUUAUGGAAUCACCACAAUGCGUCUUAUUCACCUUUGCAGGAUGGAGCAGAGGGACCUUGCCGAAAAUUAUUAAAUGGUGCUAUCUAUGGAUAUUUCCAGGACCGUAACUUUCAAUCCCAAAAUGAAGAUUUAGCCAGGUUUUUUUAUCGAUACCGUGUGCGUGAUCUUGGUACUAUCUUCACUUACAUUCAACGUGUAAUAGAGAAUUAUAUGGAUGCUGAUGACCGUAAUAUAAUGGUCUUUGAGGCAAAUACUAUUAUACUGCUUGCUUUCGAAGCGGCUUUUGAUUUUAGAAGAAUGAAUAAAGAAUUGUACGCAAUAACUUCGAACGAAUCAAAAGAUUCCUGGACAUUUCAACCUGAGCUUUUAAAAGUUAUUCAUCAGCAGUUUGAAGAAACCGAUGUUGCAAUUCGAAGUUUCACAGUUCAACAGUCUAGUCAGACGGUUAAUGACUCACUUCAAUAUACCGGCCAAGGAGUUAAUGAUUAUAAUAAAGUUCAAACGAAAGACACUAGGAUAGAAACGCUUAAAGAUCAAAUGGUUAACUUGGCGGAUAUACUACUUGGAGCAACUACAGAACGAUUGAUCUGUGAUGACGUCAGGACUAGAAGUUAUGCACAGAAUUAUCGUGACCAGUGGUCAAACAUUUUAAAAAAGCUGGUCUCUAUCGGUAGAAGUGAUCGAGCUUUCGCUUUAAGCGAGUCUUAUGAAGACUAUAAAACAUUAGUUGAUUUGAUUAUGGAAUCAGGGGACAACAUUAAUGAUCAUAUUACAAUAUAUAUGGAAAAAUAUCAAGAAAAAUUCGCCUUUAAAUUAUACGAAUGGUAUAUAGAAAAAGAACGAUAUGCGGAUUUGUUAUUAUUAAUUCAGUCUCAUACUUCUGAGCAUCAAGAAUGGCUUAGAACGUUUCUAAAUGAACGGAAUUUAGGUGGAAUAUCUUGGAUGCACGAUAUAUACAUGGAGAAUUAUAAUGAUGCAUCAAUCAAAUUGCGGUUAUUGGCUCAAAAAGAAAUGCGUGUUAACAAACGAAAGACUUUUCUCAGCAUUAGUAAAUUAACUUUCUUGGCCGGCUUAAACGAUGAAGUGGACACUCAAAAUGAGGAUGUACAAUGUAAUAUGGAAGGCAAGUAUAAUGUUCAAUUUCUAUUUAUCGUUAUUUGUCUGUUUACCAAUUUAUUUGAUUCAUUAGGAAUUGAAAAUGGGUUCGAACUAAUUGACGCAUACACCGCACUUCAAGAUCAAUUUGUCGAAAUUAUUACUUCUACGGAUCAAACUGUAGAUGAAAGUAAACAAGUAGACGUGAUUGUGGACAACGCUGCCAAAAAUCUCAAACAAUAUCGACCAAUGCACGCAAAGGUGUUUGCGCAAUAUGUGCCAUAUAUUUUGAACGGUGAAAUGCUUUCAACAGAAGCGUUAAUUGAAGUAUUGACUCUCAAAGAGAAGAAGGAAAAAGAUGAUUUUCCAUUUACUUUACAGUUUACGUUAAACGAUGAAAAGUUACCUGAUGAUCGUCGUCGCGCAAUAUUACAAACAAUAUGGAGAAGGAUAUACAUAACUGAUAGGUAG